AUGGACAUAAAGGGAGGCCUAGAAAAUAAAGAAAUAUCAAUCACUUCUGUAUAUCAUAGCGAAAAUGAGCUUAUACCAAAGAACCACAUAGAAGAGCUUGAAUCUCUAGUAGAACAACUUAUAAAGAAACCAGAAGAACUAUUUCUAGACUCAGAAACUAAUAGAAAGUUGUUUCAAAAAUUCACAGGUAUUUUUUUAUCAACAGCAAUGAUAGAUCCGAGUGGAAAAGCACCUACUUUAAGACUUAUGGAGAGGUUAGAAGCAAAUCAAAACCAACUUUGGCAGUCUAUUGAAAUAUUGAUGAGAUCUUCUCUGAAAAACAUAAGUAAUAGAAUCAAACAGUUUGAAAAGCUUAAUAUUAAAUUAUCUAAUGGAAAGGAAGAUAAUAUAGCAAAUGAAGAUUUUAUGAAGACUUUUCUUAACAUAGAUAACUUCGACCAUUUGGAAGUUAUAUCUGACUCUUUAUUACCAUGUGAUAGUGAGAUUGAAGACAAAAAAUAUACGGAGAAAUACCUUCCUAGUGAUUCGGACUCUCUAGGUAAUAAGGAAGUCGAUUUUUUCAACUAUGAUGAAAUGAAGGCUUUCAUUAAUGAAGGAAUUCAUGAAUAUAGAGACAAUACUACUAAUAAUAUAACGGAUAAUAUAGAGAAUACUGAUGAUUCUGACAGUUAUGAAGAACAUGCAGAUUCAGAAGAUUAUAAUCUUUCUGACAUGAAGUAUGAAGAUUUUUUUGGUGGAAAAGAAACUAAAUCUAAGAAAGUUACUAAGGAUAAUUGUAUAGUAGAUCCUGUAGAACUUAAAUUAGAAGAAGCAAUAAGGAAAUAUAAGAAAAGUGUAAUGGACGACUUAAGCGAAUCUGAAGAUCAAUCUACUGAAAUAUCUGAUAAUGAAAGUGGUCCAGAUGAAGAACUUGAGAAAAAGCUCUCCAUGACAACUAAACCUAAUAAAGAACCCCUUGAGAAUAAAGGAUUAUCUAAGUUGUUUGAACAACAAGAUAGAAUAAAUAAACUUAUAGAUGAGAUGGAAAGUGAAUUGAUAUCUCAGAAACAUUGGACUAUGAUGGGAGAAAGUCUAGGUAAUAAACGUCCAAAGAAUAGCUUGUUAGAAGUACAUCUUGAGAUACCUCAAUAUUCUAAUACUAGUAAUAAUUCAGAGGAAAUUUUAGAUAUGGAACAAUCAUUAGGAAAUGAUGAAGGUGAGAUUACUGUAUUUACAGAUGAUAAGUUAAAUGACUAUAUAGAAAAGAUAGUGAAACAACGAAUUUCAGAUGGAAUAUUUGAUGAUGUAGAAUCUUCAUCAUCACUCUUGGCAGUCCAAGCAAUUUCCGAGCUUACUAGGAAGACCCAAGAUGAAGUUGACUUAUCAGUUGAGAAGUCACGUGUGGGUCUUGGAGAUAUAUAUGCACAAAAGUACCAACAAGAGAUGGGAAUUAAUCCUAAUGUAGAAGCAGAUAAGAAUAAACAAGAGCUAGUCGAACUUUUUGCUAAAAUUAUGCACAAACUAGAUAGUCUUUCUAAUCAACGUUUUGUUCCAAAACAAAUAUCAGCUGAAACUAAUGCAUUAACUACAAAUGUCCCAGCAUUUAAGAUUGAGGAUACUGUCCCAGUGAUUAUAUCAGAAGAUUCUCGUCUUGCUCCUGCUGAAAUAAAAUCCAUGGGAAAUUUAGUACCAGUUGAAGAGAUGUCCCGUGAAGAAAGGAGAGCUCAUAGAAAUGCAUCUAAGGAAAAAAGAAGAAAAAAACUGAAAGGACUAGUUAAAAGUGGGAAUAUGUCUGAGAAGCAAUAUAAUGAACGUAGAGUAAGCCUAUCAAAUAAGAAUAAACAAGCUAAAGCCGACAAGAUUUCUAUUCAUGAAACAGGUUUAUCAGUACGAGACGCAUCUAAAGCUAAUAGAACAUCUGGUUCAAAAAGACUAAAGUCCCAUCACUUUGCAAUUAGUACAGCCACUCGUUAG